GGUGACAAGUAUGGCGACUAAUUCAAUCAAGCUCCUCACUGGCAGUAGCCACCCCCAGCUCGCCGAGCUGGUCGCCAGUCGUCUGGGUAUCGAGUUGGCCAAGAUUAUGGUACUUCAGUACUCCAACAACGAGUCCAGCAUCAGCAUCGGCGAGUCCGUCCGUGACGAGGAUGUCUUCGUCCUGCAGUCGACUGCCCCCGGCGACAUCAACGACGGAGUCAUGGAGCUGCUCAUCAUGAUCAACGCCUGCAAGACGGCCUCUGCCCGCCGCAUCACCGCCGUCCUCCCCAACUUCCCUUACGCUCGUCAGGACAAGAAAGACAAGUCGCGUGCCCCCAUCACCGCCAGGCUGAUGGCUAACAUGCUCCAAACUGCCGGCUGCAACCACGUCAUCACCAUGGACCUCCACGCCUCGCAGAUUCAGGGCUUCUUCAACGUCCCCGUCGACAACUUGUACGCCGAGCCCAGCACCCUCCGCUGGAUCCGCGACAACCUCAAGGUCGAGGACUGUGUCAUUGUCUCUCCUGACGCCGGUGGUGCCAAGCGCGCCACUUCUAUUGCCGAUGGCCUCGACCUCGGCUUUGCUCUUAUCCACAAAGAGCGCGCUCGUCCUAACGAGGUUUCCCGCAUGGUUCUGGUCGGUGACGUUCGUGGCAAGAUCGCCAUCAUUGUCGAUGACAUGGCCGAUACCUGCGGCACCCUCUGCAAGGCCGCUGAGGUCGUCAUUGAGCACGGUGCCAGUAGUGCUAUCGCCAUUGUCACCCACGGCAUCCUCUCUGGCAACGCCAUUGAGCAGCUGAAUAAGUCGAAGUUGACCAAGCUCGUUGUCACCAACACUGUUCCCCACGAGGAGAAGAAGGCUCUCUGCGACCGCAUCGAGACGAUUGAUAUCUCUCCUACUCUCGCCGAGGCCUGCCGUCGUACCCACAACGGCGAAUCCGUGUCCUUCCUGUUCAAGCACGCUCCCGUCGACUAGAGGGUCGAUGGGCAGCAACUCGGCGUUGUUUUGCUUUUGGUUACAAAGGUCAUCAUCUCGGCGGCGGCGUCACUGGUGUUUUCUAGGGGUUGCUUUCACAUCCUUCGAGGUCAUUGGGAAUCUGGGGCUACUCUGCAGCAGAGAGUUGAUCUGAUCUUAUUCAUUUCAUCUUCCUUCAGCUGCGGUCCGGCGGGUUCAAUUCAAACCAGGCCUGCGAACAUGAUUAUCAUGCACAACAAAAAUUCUUUUUUUCCAUCGGGGGAUAGACUACUACUGCUUUUCACUUUCCAUUUCUGUACAGAAAGUCACAUCUACUCGAAAAAAUAAUGCCUGAUGGGCAUGUUCACUUCACUGCAGCCCCUUUUCACCUCCAG